AUGUCCUCGAUGUUCAACGACAAUGCCUCGUUCCCUCGCUCGCACUCCUCCUCGAACAUCCCCGACCUGGCCAAUCUCGACUACAUACGAGUGACGGAACAGCAGGAUGAGGAGCUCCCCAGGUCCGCAAGUUUCAGCAACCUGCAAAUACUCCAGGCCCCCUCCAGGCCGGACAAAGAGCCUCAAAGGGUGUCUUUGGGUCUCCCAGCGAGGCCCUCAACACCGCCGCAGACGAAGGGGGUUCAGGAUGGCAAGACCGGAAACGGGCUGUCGAAGGAGGAGAGACCGAAGCUCGAACGAGUGGGAAGGAGGAAAUCCCUGGUCAACCGCCCAAAGUCGUGGAUCUCGAGAGUGAAGGGGGGCUCCCCGGAGCGGCAGGACUCUGCUGAGUCCGGAAAUACAACACCAAGCGGCGCCCCUCCAGUACCUCAAAUUUCCAAGGCUGUUCGGGAUAACAAAACAAAGACCGUGUCAGAGUCGUUUGCAACAUUUGCCCGGAGGUCAUGGAUUACCUCUUCAAGAUCUCCAUCUCCGAAUCGAAUCAAAGAUCAACAGACAGACGAUGAUGGACAGCAUGCGGGCUCCUCUUCGAAGAUGACGGGCAGCCAAAUAACAUCGUCCAGCCGGCCUGUCGUCCCUCCCACGAAGUUCGACAAUCCCCCUCCUCCCAAAUCCUCCGACAGCCCUCCAAAAGGGCUUCUGCGAGCUCCUACGACCACUCGAAAGUUAAAACAGAGACCUACGAGCGUGCUCAUGAAUUUUACAACUUUCAAUUCCAAUAACUCCUCGUCGAGUAGCCUGCCCAGAAGUUCUUUGGAUAAUAGAUCGACGCCGAGAACGUCCCAGGAGAAAGUACCGGCUCUGCCAAAAAUCUCAUCCUACGAAAAUGUCCAAGGUCAAGCUCCCGAGAUACCUCGGCGGCGAGACGAAUUAUGGUCGGCUUUUCGAUCUCUGGAAAACGACUUUUCGAAAUUUCAAGCCAAGAGUUGGUCGUUGAAGACGAAUGUAGUCAGAUCAUCGCUAUUACCAUUUCUUCGAAACCACGCUUCACAUCCCUCGAAUAAGCACCUCCGCCCCGAAGACCUCGAUCGACGGAUAACUAUAUUUAGCAAGUGGUGGAAUGGGCUUCUGGAGGUUCUUGACGGACGACAGAAUCAAACAGUUAGUGGGGUGGAUCGCCCAAUAUUGUUAGAAGCAUGCUAUGCAAUCAUGACAAGACCUGAAUGGCGGAUGGCACCUUCGAAUUUUGCCCCUCUAUCGGAGCGAUCUGCAAACUACCGGAAUCAGUCCCCUGAACGCCGCGCGCCAAGCCAAAAGUCCUCUGCCUCGCUGAACUCCUCAGCCUCCCAAUUCUUGACCGAAUCCGUCUACCAUAAUGCGAGGAACUUGUUCAUACAGAAUCUACUCUCCCAAAUGAACUUUGUGGUGGAUAAGAUGUCACUAAGACAUACACCUGCAAGUCUGGUGACUUUCUGUGGUAAAGCAGCCGCAUAUGCCUUCUUUUUCGUACCAGGAGUAGCAGACGUAUUGGUCAGAAUAUGGAAAUUGCCGGCGGACAUACUUCGAAGGGUAGCAGAUGAACUUGGAAUGCCCAGGCGGGCUAACAAGCUCGAUUUGGAUGAGGUCUUGGCCCCUUUUCCAGCACAUAUACAUUCUCUGGGUUGGACUUCGGUGACAUCUAUAACGAAUCUGCUUCGUCAGGAGGCUUAUCUGCCGAUUCUGGCUGCCAAAAUACCUUGGUAUGGUCCUUGGGUCUCGAGAUGGAGUGGACGGGACAGCGAUCUGUUCUUCGUGUUUGUGAAGCAUUACUACAUUCUAGCGGAGGAGUUCUUGCCUUCAGAGCUUUCGCUUACUGAGAAAGCUCGCUCGCCAGGAUUUAUACUUGUGCAAGCACAAGUUCUGACCGCUCUGGAUUCCACAAUCCACCGACAACCCACAGCGGAUCCCUUACCGAACACAUUUGACGAUAUUCUGGCAGGAGCUGAUGCAAAUGCAGCAGCUCUGCCAUUGCCCUCGAACAAUUCUGCGAGGCUGAUGGCCGAGAAUCGACUGAUCAUGUUGCUGCGGGACUUUAUAUCGGAACGGCCUUCGGAUUUCCAUUCAGCCCGGAUGACCUUUGCCGAAACGUUCAGUAAAACGAUGCAAGCUGUAGCACGAAAAACCUCUUUGUUCGAUCACAAUGCAUGCUUUGUACUCUGUGAUUUUAUGGAGGAGGCCUUGACGAUCUUCGUUCGCUUCCACCACGCUCAUGCUCUCGAAUCAGAUUUCAUCGAUUGGUAUUUCUGGCUGGAUGUGUGCAAGAAGAUGCUUGAGAGCGAGAACAGCAUGUCCGAGAUUCGCGUAUUUGCUUUCAUUUAUGGAGCAUGGAAUGUGAUCACCAACAACGAGUGCAGAAAGGAGGUCAUGUGCCUGGAGUGGCUGUUGACAGAAGAUACAUUUGACAAGUUUUUCAAUCACUGGUGUCCAAUGGUCAGAGCAUAUUACAUGCGACUAUUGUGUUGGCGUCUCUGUCGAGAUGACGGAGAUUCCAGUGAGCUUGACACCAAAAUCUUCUGUACAAUCUCUGCACGAGUAAAGUCGAACUGGGCACACUACCAAUACCUGAAACAAUCAGCGGAGAGAAACCGAGUUCUCCCUCCCUCGACUGCACCUUGCUAUCCAGCACCAGGCCGUCGUCUACUCAUCAUACGUAAUGAUAAUCAAAUACCCACCGCGAAUCUCUACCUCGGCUUCGACGGUAUCGUCACCCCCGCCCAAACCCCAGGAACCACACAACCAACAGCCUACAAACGGCACUCUUCACUCAAACUCGGCACAACAGCAGACAUCAACAUCCCGAAACUAACUUCAGACACGCCCUCCCCGUCCAGCACACCAAACAAGAAACGCUGGACAUUCAUGGGCAAAAUCCUACCCUCAACCUUCUCCCCCGAAUCACCAACCACCUCGCCACCACGCACAACCAGCCCCACCAAAACCCUUGAAGAAGCUCGUCGCGAGACAGCACUCGCACGCUCCCGACCCCCACUACACGCCAAAACCUCAUCCACCGACUCGGAGACGCCGCCCACAACAUCCACACACCGCGCCUUCAGCUUCAAAUUCUCCCUCGAAUGGGCGCAGCACUUCGAGAGACCGUCAAAGAUGUCGUCAAGCGCCGGAAGUGGAAGUGGAAGUGGCAGUGGCGAGCACUCACGCGGCCUCCCCUCCUCUCCAGAACGCCGGCUCUGUCCGCCGCGUCUCCCGGCCCCGGCACAGUCGUGGAUUAAUGCCACGGUGCCCGGGGUUGGGAAGGAGAUUAGGGCCAGGGAUCCGAAGCUGGGAUAUGGGGGCGUGGAGAGGGGGAAAAGGGCAAAGUAUGCGGGGAGGGCGUUGGCGGAGUGGGGAUUGGUGGUCGGGGAGUGUAACAACUUUGUAGAGAGGAGGAGGGCGGAGGGAGUCCCGGGACUCAAGUGGGUUGAGGUUCCGACGCUUGGGGUGGAGGGGUUUAGGCGCUUUGGGUAG